AUGAGGAUUCCCUCAUCGCUUGGCCUGACGGCGGAGCUCCUCUGUCUUACUCAACUAUGGCCACUCCUCACAACAUUCCUACCUACGGCGCAAGGAGUUGACUUCACUCCCGUUCCUCUUCCCGAUCUCGACCUCGAAAAUUUAGGACGUGUAGCCCUCGCUGGCAGUUUCGAUGCCGUCUCGCUCUACACUUAUCAACAGCAGACUGAAAAUGGCUUCAGCACCAACGGAACGCAAUCAGUUAUCGCCCAGCUUCCGAAUGGUGACUUCGCCGACGCCGCUAAUGCCGAUGGCUACAUCAAGACAAUGUGUUCAUUUGUGACGAAAGAUGGCAAGCUUCAAGGCGUUAUCGUUGGCGGCAACUUCACAAGUCUCGGAGGUGUGCAAGCUCAAGGGGUCGCGUUGUAUGACCCUGCGACAUCCAAGGUUACGCCACUCACAGGUCUCGCGGGUAGCGCCAAUGCUCUAUAUUGUGACCAAGACACAGACACUGUCUACGUAGGGGGUCAAUUCAAGGGAUUGAAUUCGACCAAUGCGAUCAUUUGGGUAGCUAACGCCGGUUGGGCCAACCUCCCUUUCGAGGGAUUCAAUGGACCUGUCAACAGCAUUUCGAAAAGCUCCAAUGGCACUAUCAUUUUCGCUGGAUCGUUCACUGGCCUCGGCAACAAGACUGCCCCUGCUAAAGCUGACUCGCAAGUCAUCAACAUUUCGUCAGCUAACUUCACAUCCGCUGAAAGUUCAUCCCUUGACGGGUUCAAUAAAGAAUCUAAUAUCGUUUGCAAGUCAAGUGGUCAAGAUGGCGCAGGCAAUACCUGGUUACUGCAGGACAACGUUGCUGGCUGGUGGAGGGCUGACAUGAAUUUUGGCUAUGAACCUAGUCUCCUCAGGAUAUGGAACACCCACUAUCAAGGACGAGGGACGCAGGAAUUUCGCUUUACAGCAAUACCUAUCAAUGGAAUCAUGAACUUUACUUUCACAGAUCCGGAUACUGGCAAAGAAGAGUAUUGCGACGCUCGAUGUCCUCUCUCGAACAAGACUUCUCUACCAUAUCAAGAUUUUCGUUUCAAGGACACCGUGGGCAUGAAUGCGUUUCGCAUUGAUAUCUCAGGAUGGUACGGAGCAGGCGGCGGCCUCAACGGAAUUGAACUAUUUCAAAAUGAUACUUUUGCGUACGCUGAGGGCGACUUAAACGAACCUUCAUGUGCAAAUACUCAGACCCCCUCAAAAUCAACAACGGCUGGGUCAUGGAGAGUCAUGCCUAUUGCAAGUAGUGUCUCGCGCUAUCUCGCAGCGGACAUUGCUGCUUCGGACAAAAAUACAAGCAGUACCUCCGUCGUUCUCCAACCUGACAUCAAACAGCAAGGCAACUACAAUGUCUUACUCUACACCCCUGGCUGUAUACAGGAUAACAGUUGCGAUAAAAGAGGAAUCGUGAAUGUUACUGGAACAUACGCAGCAGGCUCUGAACCGGCUUCUCCCUCACAAAUUUUCCAGACCAACAACUACGACAAAUAUGAACAAAUUUAUAGCGGUCCUGUAGACUCAAGUGAAAGUGGCUUCCGGCCUUCGGUCACCAUUGCACCAUCAACAAACCAGAAUAAAGACGUCGUGAUCGUCGCGCAACGGGUAAAGUUUGAACUCACCGGAAACGCGACAAAUAAGUUGAAUGGGCUUUAUGAGUUCGAUCCGAAAGCACAAACUUUCGACGCCGAAAAUGCAAACUCCACGGUUGAUGUCGCCGGGUCUAAUCUUAAUGAAAAAGCAAUCGUCACUGACGUAGUGGUCCUGGGAAAUGCAACAUACGUCGCUGGGAAUUUCUCCGAUAAAUCCGCAGGCUUUGCCAACAUAUUUGCGAUUGGUAAUGGUAAUGCGACUGCUCUACCUAGCGGAGGCCUAAAUGCGCAAGUGUCGGACCUGCAAGUCAUUGCGGAUACUCUUUACAUGGGCGGUAAUUUCACUGACACACUCAAUGGCUCCGUACCUGGCUUGAAAAACAUUGCAGCGUUCAAUAGUGCUACUCAGAGUUGGCAGGCGCUUGGAGCUGGAGUCAAUGGCGUCGUCGAUACAGUUGUACCAUUCAAAGUGAAUGUGACGACUAACAACCCAGAGGAUUGCAUCUCGUUCAACGGCCAAUUCGAUCAAAUAGAAGCUUCAGGUUCUGAUAAAGCCAUCGCUGUCCAGGGCUUCGCUGUCUGGGUACCUUCGCGUAAAAAUUGGCUACAGAACCUCAAGCUCUCCUCUCAAGAUGUUGCAGGGAAACUCAGCACAACGACAGACGUCCCUGGAGGUUCGCCACUACUCGCUGGUUCCCUGUCAACCCAAGAUAUGUCAGCCGCUGAUGUCGUCGAUCUCAGAUCUAGUCCCCUCCGCCUCAACAAUAUCGACCUUGGCAUAAAACCUCUGCCAGCUGGACCAAGUACUCGGAAAAGAGCUACCGCUACUCAGAACGUUACUGGCAUCGUGACUGGCAGGAAUCUGGAUAUCAAAGGAGGAGUCAAUGUCACCGUACUUGGCGGUCAUUUCACUGGUACUGCUAGUGACGGCUCAAGUUUUGAUAACCUUGCUUUCAUCGAUGGAUCCGGGAACAAAGGUAGCACUACCACAGGUCUACCGUCCGGUGUGGACUCUGACUCAACGUUUCUUGCACUGGCAACGAUCGAUAGUGUACUCUACGCUGGUGGGACCGUUACAGGGAAAGUCAACAAUGCCGAUGUCAAUGGACUGAUUGUGUAUGAUCUUGGACAGAAAGGCUAUGUUCCAAAUCAGCCGCCUGCUCUGGGAGGAAAUUCCGUGGUUGUCAACGCACUUACGGUACCUCCGAAGAAGCAACAAGUCUUCGUUGGAGGAAGCUUUGACACAGCUGGAUCUCUUGGUUGUCCUAGUGUCUGUGUCUUUGACAAUGGUGCCUGGACUCAGCCUGGCAGCGGUAUCGGGGGUACGGUCAACGCCUUUCUGUGGCAAAGUAACAACAAAUUACUCGUCGGAGGCAACCUUACGGUCACGAACAACGCUACAUUCCUCGCGAACUACGAUCUGUCCAAGUCUCAAUGGACGACUGUUGACGGAGCCUCACCCAGUGUGCCUGGUCCUGUUACUGCACUGGCUCAAGCUGGCCCGGAUGGCUCUCAGUAUUGGGUCGCUGGCACAGCCGCAAACGGUUCAGCCUUCCUGGCGAAAUACGAUGGUAACAAAUUUCAAAGCGUUGGUGAUAUUCUCGGGCCUCAAACAAUCAUACGUGGUCUUGCUAUGCAUAACUUAAAGAAGACUCACGGCAAGGGUAACAAUCUGGUAUCAAGUCAGAUGACAUUGGUGAUUUUGGGCGAGCUCGAUUUGCCGGGCUUUGGCAACGCUUCGGCCGCACUGUUCAAUGGGACCUCACUUACACCUUUCAUACUCUCUACCUCAGGCAAUUCACCCGGCAGCCUCUCUCAAUUGAUCUCAACGAAUGACGUCAAAUUCAAAAAUCAUGGUGGCCCUAUGGCACUCGGCUUCGUGGUGUUGAUAGCUCUUGCCUGUGCACUUGGCGCUACAUUCCUCCUCGUCGUGGUCGGAAUUCUAUUCGAACGCUAUAGACGUAAGAAGGAAGGCUACACACCCGCUCCAACAGCAUAUUUUGAUAAGACAAGCAACAUGGGCAGAAUACCACCGGAGCAUCUCUUCGGCAGGCUUGCACAAAAUCGACAACCACCGCAGCUCUGA